AUGCUCCGUUUUCUUCUCGUUCCGGCCGUAUUGAUCGCUUGGGCCAACGGCGACUCCUGGGGCCCUUAUGGAGAGCAAUGUCUCGUUGGGAAGGUUUGUUUUGAAAUUGUUCAAAAGCUUCCAUUUCAUCUAGAGAAACUGAAAGGUACAAUGAAAAUAGUUAUAAUCGUUGUCACAAGAAAUCUGUGUACUUCAAUAUCAGAUCAAAAAGUUAUGAGCUAGGCGUUUCUGAAUCUUCCAGAUGAAGCUCAAUUGAGGUGUGACCUACAUCAUUCGAAAGCUGACAUCAAGACGAAUCGAAUAAUAUAAACAGAUAAGCUGUAGCUGCACUAGAAGCCGAGAUAUAAGUCUCCAAACAUUUCCUAGAAAAUAAAUUUGCGCGUGUGAUGAAACGCUUCGGCUGUAAUUUCGCGUCAGGUCAAGCGCCUGUCUGAGGCUCUCAUCGGUGUGGUUUUCUCGCGAAAAAGGAAAAGCUCAAAAAAAAAGUUUAACUUUUUCAAGUUUUUUCUAGUGUAAUCGAUAGAGCGGCUUUCACAUAGUACUGUUAUCAUAUCAGUUUUAAGGGAGAAGCUCAAAAAUGGGGUGAAAAAAACAGGUUAAAAAAAUCGUUUUUUUCAGAAUUUCAAGCUUCAUAACUUCUUUUUGUAUUCAAGUUAUACAAUAAAUAAUUAUAUCAAUCGAUUCGUCUUGUCAUCAGCUUUCUAGUGAUAUAGAUUUCAAAUAACUUGAAUCAACUUUGAUGACGUCACAAAAAUUUCCAGCUUACAUCUCAGCUUUUCCUUCAACUUAGGUGAUUCGUUAACCAAUCGAUAGAGCAUCUCAAGAUGGUCUCAAUGACGUAGCUAACUCGCUAAUAACUCUUCAGAACAACUAAUUGUAAGCUGAGACAAGUCUGCAGCUUCUGGAUGGUGCUGAAUCGAGUGAUAACUUAUAUCAUUGGGAAGCUGACGACGAGACGAAUCGAAUGAUAUACUCAGAUAAGCUGUAGCUGCUCUGCAAGCCGAGAAAUAAGCCUUCAAAGUUUUCCAUUAAAAUUUGAAAUGGCGUCAGAUAAAAUGCAUUUGGUGGGCUGCACCGCGGUGUACUUUUCUCGCGAAAAAGGAAAAGCUCGAAAAAAAGUUUGUUCUUUCGAGAUUUGAACUAGAUCAAUCGAUAGAGCAGCUUCCAUAUAGUAGUUUUAUCAUAUCACUUCCAAGGAAAAGCUCAAAAAUUUGGUGAAAAUUGGGUUUGAAAAUCCGCAUUUUUCCGACUUUCAACCACCAUAACUUUGUUAAUUUUGAAGUUACGGAGAAAUUGAUUAUAUUAUUCGAUUUGUCUAAUUAUCAGCUUUUCAAUGAUAUACGACUUCAAGAGUUUCCGUCAACUUGGAAGACGUGAUAUAAAUCCAUAGCUUACAUCUCAGCUUUUUCUUCAGAGUGGAUGAUAUGAUAACCCAUCGAUAGAGCGUCUCAUGACCUUUUCAACGAUAUAGUUGAAUCCGUGAUAGCUUAUCAUAACGUAAAGUUAUACGCUGAGACAAGUCUGAAGCUUCUGGAUGAAGCGCAAUCAGUUGACAAUUUAUAUCAUUGGAAAGUUGACGACGAGACGAAUCUAAUGAUAUGAUCAGAUAGGCUGUAGCUGCUCUGCAAGCCGAGAAAUAAGCCUUCAAAGUUUCCCAUUAAAAUUUUAAUUGGCGUCAGGUAAAACGCAUUUGGUGGGCUGCACCGCGGUGUACUUUUCUCGCGAAAAAGGAAAAGCUCAGAAAAAAAUUAGGCUUUUCAACUUUUUUCUAGUGUAGUGGAUAGAGCAGCAUCCAUAUAGUACUGUGAUCAUAUCAGUUUGAAGUGAGAAGCUCGAAAAUCGGAUGAAAAAAAGUCCGAAAAAAUGCCUUUUUUGGACUUUCAAGCUUCAUAACUUUUUUUGUUUUGAAGUGAUAGAAAAAAUGAUUAUAUCAUUCGAUUUGCCUUGUUGUCAACUUUCCAGUGAUAUGAGUUAUCAAUCGAUUUAGCUUCACCCAGAAGCUUCAGACUUGUCUCAGCUUGUAUCUUCAGUUAUGAAAAGGUACAAAGAGUUGAAGCAUAUCAUUGGAAAGGUCUUGAGACGCUCUAUCGAUUGGUUUACGUAUCACACAUGUUGAAGGAAAAGCUUAGAUGUGAGCUGGAAAGUUCUAUGACGUCAUCCAGGUUGAUGGAAACUUUUGAAGUCCUAUAUCAUUAGAUAGGUGAUAGUUAGACAAAUCGAUUGAUGUAAUCGAUUUCUCCGUAUCUUCAAAGUGAACAAAGUUAUGGAGCUUAAAAGUCUGAAAAAUGCGGGUUUUUAAACCCAAUUUUCCCCCCAUUUUCGAGCUUUUCAUUGGAAGUGAUAUGAUAACUCUACUAUAUGGAAGCUGCUAUAUCGAUUGUUAUAGUUAAAACCUCGAAAAAACGAACUUUUUUUUGAGCUUUUCCUUUUUUGCGAGAAAAGUACACCGCGGUGCAGCCCACCAAAUGCAUUUUAUCUGACGCCAUUUCGAAUUUUAAUGGGGAACUUUGACGGCCUAUAUCUCGGCUUGCAGAUCAGCUACAGCUUAUCUGAUUAUAUCAUUCGAUUUGCCUUGAUGUCAGCUUUUUUUUUUUAUCAACUGAUUGAGCUUCAUCCAGAAGCUUCAGACUUGUCUCAGCGUAUAACUUUACGUUAUGAUAAGCUAUCACGGAUUCAACUAUAUCGUUGAAAAGGUCAUGAGACGCUCUAUCGAUGGGUUAUCAUAUCAUUCACGAUAAAUAAGAAGCUGAGGUGUAAGCUGGGAAAGUCUGCGACGUCAUUUGAUUCGGUGGAAACGCUUUGAGCCCCAUAUCAUUAGAAAGCUGAUGAUUAGACAAAUCGAUUGAUGUAAUUACUUCCUCCGGAUCUUCAAAAUGAACAAAGUUAUGAAUCUUGAAAGUCGGAAAAAUGCGGAUUUUCAAACCCAAUUUUCACCCCAUUUUUGAGCUUUUCCUUGAAAGUGGUAUGAUAAAACUACUAUAUGGAAGCUGCUCUAUCGAUUGAUCUGCUUUAAACCUCGAAAAGCCGAACUUUUUUUUGAGCUUUUCCUUUUUCGCGAGAAAAGUACACCGCGGUGCAGCCCACCAAAUGCAUUUUAUUUGACGCCAUUUCAAGUUUUACUGGAAAACUUUGAAGCUUUAUAUCUCGGCUCUUAGAGCAGCUACAGCUUAUCUGAUUAUAUUAAUCGAUUCGUCUUGAUGUCAGCUUUCUAAUGAUACAGAUUGUCAACUGAUUGAGCUUCAUUCAGAAGCUUCAGACUCGCCUCAGCUUGUUACUGUUUGUACGGAUGAGUUAUCAGAGGUUGAGCUAUAUCAUUAAAACAGUCUUGAGACGCUCUAUCGAUUGGUUUUUAUAUCAUCCACGAUAAAGAAGAAGCUGAGGUGUAAGCUGGAAAUAUCUGCGAGGUCAUUCGAAAAGGUGGAAACUUUUGAAGCCCCAUAUCAUUAGAAAGCUGAUGAUUAGACAAAUCGAUUGAUGUAAUUACUUCCUCCGUAUCUUCAAAAUGAACAAAGUUAUGAAUCUUGAAAGUCGGAAAAAUGCGGAUUUUCAAACCUAAUUUUCACCCCAUUUUUGAGCUUUUCCUUGAAAGUGGUAUGAUAAAACUACUAUAUGGAAGCUGCUCUAUCGAUUGAUCUGCUUUAAACCUCGAAAAAGCCGAACUUUUUUUGAGCUUUUCCUUUUUUUCGCGAGAAAAGUACACCGCGGUGCAGCCCACCAAAUGCAUUUUAUUUGACGCCAUUUCAAGUUUUACUGGAAAACUUUGAAGCUUUAUAUCUCGGCUCUUAGAGCAGCUACAGCUUAUCUGAUUAUAUUAAUCGAUUCGUCUUGAUGUCAGCUUUCUAAUGAUACAGAUUGUCAACUGAUUGAGCUUCAUUCAGAAGCUUCAGACUCGCCUCAGCUUGUUACUGUUUGUACGGAUGAGUUAUCAGAGGUUGAGCUAUAUCAUUAAAACAGUCUUGAGACGCUCUAUCGAUUGGUUUUUAUAUCAUCCACGAUAAAGAAGAAGCUGAGGUGUAAGCUGGAAAUAUCUGCGAGGUCAUUCGAAAAGGUGGAAACUUUUGAAGCCCCAUAUCAUUAGAAAGCUGAUGAUUAGACAAAUCGAUUGAUGUAAUUACUUCCUCCGUAUCUUCAAAAUGAACAAAGUUAUGAAUCUUGAAAGUCGGAAAAAUGCGGAUUUUCAAACCUAAUUUUCACCCCAUUUUUGAGCUUUUCCUUGAAAGUGGUAUGAUAAAACUACUAUAUGGAAGCUGCUCUAUCGAUUGAUCUGCUUUAAACCUCGAAAAGCCGAACUUUUUUUUGAGCUUUUCCUUUUUCGCGAGAAAAGUACACCGCGGUGCAGCCCACCAAAUGCAUUUUAUUUGACGCCAUUUCAAGUUUUACUGGAAAACUUUGAAGGUUUAUAUCUCGGCUCUUAGAGCAGCUACAGCUUAUCUGAUUAUAUUAAUCGAUUCGUCUUGAUGUCAGCUUUCUAAUGAUACAGAUUGUCAACUGAUUGAGCUUCAUUCAGAAGCUUCAGACUCGCCUCAGCUUGUUACUGUUUGUACGGAUGAGUUAUCAGAGGUUGAGCUAUAUCAUUAAAACAGUCUUGAGACGCUCUAUCGAUUGGUUAUCAUAUUACUUAGGUUGGAGGAAAAGCGGGGAUUUAAGCUGGAAAUUUCAGUGACUCCAAGUUUAUGAAAUGAAGUAUCAUGUUCAAAAUUACAAUCGAGUCAAGCCCCAAUUUUGAAUUCUGACAAAUUAAGGAGCAAGUCUACAAUCCAGCAGACUCCUUCUCCGUGAAAUGGUACAACAUUGACCUGGACGAGGACCCGCGGACUCGUUGGAAUGAAGUCGGCGAGUCCCAUGGCAAACAAGUGAAAAUUUCCUUAAUCUAACUUCCAAAUUAAUUGUUGAGAUCCUCGCCGCCCUGGACACUGUGAAGAUGUUCAUCGCAUUGAUUGACGUGAGCAUCUACGACUUCCUCGUGGAGUUCGCCGCCAUGGGCGUUCCGAAUCUUCCAGAGCCCUACCAUCAAGAAAUCAUCGUGAGGAUCUUUAAUCAAGUUUUCUGAUAGAUACGAAAGAGCUUCAGGGCAUGGCGAAAGCUUCCGGGUUGUCCGUGGGCGAGGUGGCGCUGCUCAAUCUCUUCUACGAGAUCAAGAAGGGUUGCACUUCGAUCGUCGCCAGAGACAAGGACGGCGAAAUCUACCAUGCUAGGUGACUUUGAAGAGUUGAUGUCUAGAAUAACACGAAUUUCAGAAACCAGGACUUUGGCUUCUUGUUCUACUGGAACGUGACGCUGCAGACUUGGCAGCAGACGAUGGCUCUCAAGGAUUUGGUCAUCAAUAUUAACUACAUCAAGGACGGGAAAGUCCUCUUCAAGGGCGUCACUUUUGCGGGGCAUCUUGGAACACUUACUGGUAGGAUUAGUGACGUCAUUUUGAGCUUACGCAGCCUCUUGAAAAAUGUCUGGCUUAGGAAUCAUUUCGCCAAAGUUUUUAGCUUGCCGUUGACUUUGUUGACGUCAUGAAUCUAUGAACUGACGUCACAUUUUUCUAAAAUGCAUAUAAAAUACGAGAACUGCGCAAUUUCCAUAAUAUUUAUUAGACAAAAUGUUUCAUAGAAAAGCUUGUUCGGUGUCUAUUUCUUUGCAGAACAUUCUGAAACUCCCUGAAUCUUCAAAAUCUCUAUUGAAACUGUAGUCAAACCUCGAUUGACUCCAUCAACAGAAGCUCAUGACGUCACCAACCUAUUCAGGAAUCCGGCCGCAAGGCUUCAGUAUCUCCACGAACGCCCGCUUCGGCUCUGUCCACGAGAACAUCUACGACUUCUUCGUCAGAGGGCUGACCGGCCGAAGUUUCCUGAUGUACGCUGACCGGGACGUCCUCACCAAGUGCUCGACCUAUGAAGAGGUACUUUGAAUAGCCAUAUGAAAGAUCAACAACAACCUCAAGGCCUACGAGUACCUGACGACGGUGCCGCUGCUCGCACCAGGAUAUUUCAUCUUGGGAGGUCGUCAGAACAACCAGGGCGCCGUGAUCACCAGAGGACCCGAUGGGGCUGAACACGUCGACGUGGGUUUUGAAGGCGUCGACCUUGAGCUCAUCUGGCUUCAGACGAUGAACCAGACGAGCUGGUACGUGCUGCAGACCAACUACGACUGGGACAAGAAGGUCAUCUACUUGGACGACCGACGCGGGCCUGGACACGACUGCAUGAACAAGCUCGGGACCAAGAAUGUUAACUUGGCUGGACUUUUCCAGGUUUUUUCGGGGAUCGUUGCCCAUUUUGAGCUUCUGAUAAGAGGAAUAGGUCUUCUAGAGGUUCUAGAAACAAAAAAACUACUUUUAUUGUAAGGCAUACACAGUGAAUGGGACCCUAAUGAAGCAAAAUUGUGCCUUCAAGGUCACUAAAGUGAUCACUUCUCACUUAAAAAGAGCUAAGCCUAAAAUCCUCCACAACUCCGCUCAAACUAGACUAAUUUCCUCAACUUGACCCUCAUUUUAAAGCUCUUCUCCUACUCUUUCCAUCCAGUACAUCUCCAGGUGCUGAGCAGCAAGCCCAACCUCAACAAGGCGACCGUCUACACCUCGGUGAUGCACGUCAACGCCGGAACACUCGAGUCGUUCAUCCGCGAUUGCCAGAAUCCGUGUUGGUUCGUAUAAAGACUGAGAUUGAAUAAAAUGUUUAUCGAUACACGUUUUCUGUCUGAGAAAAAGCUCAAGUUGCUCUUGGCGCCUUUGGCGUCGUGUAGACGCGAACCGAAGCUGGACCAUCCACACUUUGACAUCGACCGUUUCCGUUCGCCGCCCAGAGUCUGUAAAAUGCGAGCAGAUGAGGUCCGGAACGGGAUAUUUUCUGAUUGAGGAGGGCAAGGUUGCUUGA